CCAUAGUGAAGGGAGGAGUCGAGGACAAGACUGCUUUCGCAGUAAGCUAUACGGGCAACAUCUUGUUUAUCUUGAAUCGCGUGAACCUUAUCAUCAUAGCAAACACAGAGUGGUCUGAGCGGCAAAUUUCUUGGAGGCCGUCAAUCCUCGAGUGUUGUACCAUGAAGUGACUACUGUGAAGAAGUCCGUAGGCCUAGGCCUAACACCAGGCCUCCCCAGCGGCCAAUAGAAGGGGUUACCCCGUGCCCCAGUCGCUUUCUCUUCCUCAUCGAUUUAAUUCAUCGAAAUCUGACAUAGUCGACACGAGAAUCUCAUACCACAUCCUACCCAGAUCUGUCAUGUCUCUUUCUGCGUUCCUUUUUUUGACGAUCCUCUUCCCUGCAACUUACAUUCUUGCAGCCCUCUGCCCAUAUGGAGAGUUGGAUCCUCCUGGAAACAUCAUUAUUGUAGCAGGGUCAACCCUGAACCUGUCUUGUCGUCUAACUAAAUUUCGAGAAGAUUUUUCUGACCUUUCCUUUGCACGGACUGGACAGAAGUUUAAAGGUCUCCAAGAUCUGGAACACAUUGUUCUCAAUGAUACUGCCAUUCAGCUUCAUGUAGAGAAUGUGACAGCAGAUCAGAGUGGGAACUACAUGUGUCUUGUGAAGGCAAAGGAUGGCCCCCGAGCUAUAUGCAUGGCCUCUGUCAAGGUUGGAUUUCCUCCUCAUCCUCCUGAGAAGCUUCGAUGUAUCUCUGAAAACCUGGAGAGACUUGUGUGCACAUGGAAUGCUCCACUGAAUCCCAUCCCCACAAACUAUUCCAUCCACUAUUUCCUUCCUACUCCCUCCUCUCCCAGGAUGGCCUGUCCAGAGACAAGCCGCCUAAGAAAUGGGUGUGAAUGGACCCUAACUAGUAGUCCCAUCUACAUGGCAAAUGAAAGAAGAUUGCUUUUACAAGUAACUGCUGCCAAUGUGCUGGAUUCUGUGAUAUUCCCUGUGGUAAACUUUGAUCAUUAUGCUAAUGUGAGAGUAGCUCCAGUGGAGCAAUUAUCUGCACAAGCACAGAGCAGUAGUGCAGUUACACUCACUUGGCGGCUUCCUAUGGGUCUCCUUGAGAGACCUGAGCUGCAAGUAAAUCAUAGCAUCCACUGGAGAGCCGAAUGGGAUGAGUCUGAAGACUGGAAGGUUAUAGACGUGACCUUGGAGCAAUCGCGUGACCAAAAGUACAUACUGAGGAAGCUCCCAUUUGCUCACACGGUAUAUUACAUCAGAGUGAGGAGCAUUUCUGCUUCUGCUGAAAGUCCUGAUCUCUGGUCCAAUUUCUCAGCAACUCAUGCUCGCACAAUGUCUGAAAUCCCAAAGAGUCCUCAAACCAUAGAGAAUGCAUUUGAGGUGGAGCCAGAGCUUUCAUUAGAUAGUAGAUCAGUUUACAUCUAUUGGAAACAUCUACUGCCGGAGGAGGAGAAUGGUGGUGAUUUCCGCUAUAUGGUGAAUGUGGAAGAAGAAGGAUUCCACAAGCCAUUGUCAGCCAGCAAUUCCAGUCAAUCAUAUGUGAAGUAUGAAGGAUUAAAACAGGAGAGAGCCUAUACAUUUCUCAUCCAAUCUGUCAAUGAUCAAGGCCCUUCUCAACUUGCAUCUCGAGUCCGUCUCCCUCGUGCUACUCAGAUUGUUCCAGCACCACGCUAUUUCACAGCAGUCCUCUACCCUGAACAACUUGCUGAUGAAGAAACUCUGGAGAGAAUAGUGGAGCUGUCUUGGAAGUCACCCCAGGAAGGUGUUGAUGUUGAUUCAUACACAAUCUUCUGGUGUAAGCACAAAGAGAUCUGGCCCAAAAAGUGUCGAGGGUAUCUCUCAUGGGAUAAUGUUCCAGGCCAUGAUAACUUGGCCAAUGUCUCCUUGCGCUGGCACAGGGAUGAUGAAAUGGUGAGCCGCUUGAGAGAGGUUUGGAUGAAGGAGAGUAGGAAUGAUUCUCUGAGUCUGGGCUGGCAUCUGGAAUGCUCCAAUAGAGUUGGGGUAAUCCAAGGCUUUCUCAUCUCAUAUUGUGUUGUGAGCACAGAGAAACCAGAGCAAUGUCUUGGCCCUCAAGGAAAUGUGACGGUCACUGGAGAGACUGAAACAGGUGUGGUGCAUGAUUUGAAUCCAAGUAGUACUUACAAGCUGACAGUGAGGGUCAUCUCCCGUGCAGGCUUGAGUCUUCCCAAUGAUCCCCCCCUUCUCAGUGCCACUCAAGAAGGAGUGCCUGAAGAUGCUCCAAAACUUGAGCGGGUGGAGAAUGUGACAUCAAGUAGCAUGGUGCUCUACUUUCGUCCCCCAAAUCAACCCAAUGGGAAAAUUCGCUAUGGUGUUACAUACUUUGAUGGCAUUCAUCAUUCUAGUUUUCAUUUGGAGAAGAGAGAUUGGAUUAAGGUUACUGGUCUGCAAAGCUAUUGGAACUAUUCAGUGCAGCUGAGCCUCUGCACUGUGAACAAGGACGAUGCCUGUUCACCAAGGUCCAAACCUCUCAUUGUGGCAACACUCAUCGAUGCACCUGGAGAAGUGAGUGCUCCCUUAGUCCGUUUUGCAAAUGAUUCAACACUCCUUGUGUCAUGGGAACCACCAUCAGAAAAGAAUGGGCCAAUUGACUUUUAUGAGCUGGAUUGUGUCCGUUUUGAAGAUGACCAGUCAUCUAUUAUUCCUACUGUUCUCAUAUACACAACGCAAACCUCAAUCCAAGUUCCCGAGUGUGAUAGUGAAAAGGCCAAUCAGAAGUACAUUGUAAGUGUGAGGGCUGUUAACAUGAGAGGUGAAGAAUUUCUCUCUGGAAAUUGGAGCUCUGUUGCAACCCUGUCUUGUACAUCAGCUCUGCCCAAGUCAGUCCUGUAUGGAGUAGUAGUUGGUGCUGCUUUGCUGGCUGUCCUGAUCUUUCUUGUCAUCUUCAUUUGCAAGAGGGCUAAGAAGCGACUAGAGAAGAUGAAGAAUGUCCAGGUCACAUUACCUAAGGGAUUUCAGCAGGAGGAUGGUUGUGUGGGCAUAAAUCCAUUGACUGGAGAGAAGGCAGGAGUGUUUGUACGAUCUGAGUCUACUUACUCAGAAGACUUCAAGACCAGACAUGAUUCGGGCUGCACCACUAUCAGUGGAGACUCCACAGACAAAUUGUUGCACAAGCGGAAGAAGACUAAAUCUCGCUUUGAGACAGAAGAAAACACAUCUGGGUGCAGUUCAGGCAAGGAUAUUGAGUCAGAGCAGAAUGCAGACAAGAAUCGUAUCUCUGGGGACUCUGGAGCUGACAUAGAUACUAUCCCUGAGUCACCAAGCAGUGGAUUUGAGGGGUAUUGGAAAGGAUCAAAUGUGACACAGCGCAGACCAUCUGAACCCUGCCUGGACAGUUCAGGUCUUUCAUGUGCCUCACGUGGAUACGUGAAGGCUGGCCUCUCAUCCUCCCAUCCCAGCAUCCUUGAUUCCUCUGGCUCUUCCUCUACCCCAUGUACAAUGCAGACAAAGGCUGUGACUCAUGCUGGAGAGGGUCAUGAUGGCUAUUGCCAGCUGGGAUAUGGUGGAUAUGGAGAUCAAACCCCAUCUCCACCUCCAGUGGGCUCCACCUCUCCUCAUCAUUCACCCAAGACCACUAUUGAAAACUUGAUUGAUCUUCCAAUCAUUGUCCCAUCCACCCCACCAUCUGUUGCAAACAAGUUAUCCAUUGCCAGGCCCAAUUUCUUUGGAGGAGGGUAUGUGAAAGUGGGUGGCUCCCUGACAGAAGAUGAUGAUUUUGAAGUCCCUGAAGAUGAGGGAGGUGAUGACUUGAGCCUGGACUAUAUCCCAAGUGAACAAGAUGGGGACAAGCCUGACAGUGGUUAUGUGGGUGGGAGGUGGGACCCCAAGAAAGCCACUGCUCCUCACAGCAGCCACAGUAACAUGAGCAAGCCAGACAGUGGUUAUAUUGGAUCCUAUUCCCAUCAUCAUCUGGAUGAUGGUUACGUCCAGGCGGGUCUCCCUGAGGAGAAUUAUCUCCCGAGUGAAGAAGCACAGAAGCCAGUCAUGCCGAUGAUAAACAAUUAUGUCGAGCCAGAAGUUCACAACAAGAGUCGGCAGGGUCUCUCUGAAUAUGUGACCACAUAUACUUGAAUCAUGAAAUCAGGAAACUUUUUUACUAUCCAGCUUUGGGAUAUUGCUCAGAAUAUCGGAGGCUAGCACAAUUAGCUCUUUGAUUGUGUGACUAUGUGGGUUGAAUCAUGAAGUCAGGAAAUUCUCUUUCUUACACAGGUUUGGGAAAAUAUUUAGAAUACAGGUAUCAGAGGGUAACGCCGGUUGAAAUAACAAAACAUUGUGAUGACAUGUACAAAGGAAAAGAAAAUUUGAGUUAGAACAUUGACGUUUUUGCGGUUUCUCUCUUUCAUUGUCAACCCUUCUCUGUCAACUGUGAUGCUUGUCUGUUUCUCAUCAGAGAUGUAAAGACUUUAUGCUAUAAGAAGCUGGGGGAAAUCAGAGCACAAAGUCAAGCUUUUCUUUCUGGGAAUCUCAUCUCCUAGGUCUGACCUUUUCUUUCUUCUUUUUAUCAUUAUGUACAGUGCAAUGAGUUUCAUCGUUGUUGCCAAGAGUGACCAGGCAAGUGAUUGAGUUUGCCUCUGUUUUUCUUGUCAUUGAUGGAAAUUUUAUCAAGAGAUGUUUUGGACUUAAUGGAGCUGUUGAUCUGAGUGUUCUUCCAUAUGGCCACUGUGUUCUGACAUAUCACUGGCAUAAUGUGGCGGAAUGUCAUAGUGUGCAUGUUAGAUCCUUAGACCCCCAUCGUUAUGUUGUCGGGAACCCCUGAGUGCAUUUACCAUUUGUCUAGAGUAUUAUGAUGAUGACGUUGAUACUCGUCCUGGUAUUUUUUACUCUUUUCCCUCUAGAUACUUAAAACUCUUAUAGGAAUUGAAUCCUCAGUCCUCAACGUUAUUUGUCAUUCCUGUUGAAUCUGAUUCAAGAUAUGAAAGUGAGUGAUUUGAAGAUAUUUUUUAUAAAUAUUAUAUGCCAGAAUGUGUGAUGUAUGCUCCCUUUUGUGAAUCGGGACUGCAUGGAUUAACGCCAUCUUUGCUAUUUUGACGCGUCGAUUUUCCUUGCUUGUUCUAUAAGGUGCAGCUGUUCUUUUGCAGGUCUGUCAGAUGGCUUGCCCUCUGUGUUUCAAGCAUUUAAGAAUCUCUUCUUCCAUCCCUUCUCUUCUCAUACAAAGAAAUGUGCCAAAGCUAUAUUAUUUGCGCAGAAUCAAAACAAUGCAUUGCAGUUUUUUUUUUUUUUUUACCUUGGCUCAUAUUACAAAUCCCUUCUCCUGGCUCAAAUUGUGCACCUUUUUUUACUAUCGUGCU